AUGGCGGCGCCCAGCGCCCGCUGCCUGUGGCGAGGCGGUGUUUGCUCUUGUCCCGCAGCACUGGCCCCGCGGUGCGGGUGGAUCCUCCCCGGGCUGGAGCAGCGCCUCGCCGUCCCCGCCGUGGUGAGCCCUGCCAGCGCCCGGCCCUACGCGGCGGCAGCCAAAGCUGCCAAGAAAGAUGCCAGGAGGAGCAGGCAGGAGAAGGAGAAGGAGAAGCCCCCCCCUCGGCGGCGGCCGCUGAUGAGCAAGCCCGUGGACGAUGUGUACCUGACGUGGCUCUACAGGAGACCCUGCUACCAGCUGGAGCAGGCCGUGGGCAUGCUCAAGAGGUUCCAGGAGCUGGACUUCACCCACCCCAAGCAGUUUGUGUACAUCAACGUGUUCCUGGAUAUGGCACUGCAGAAGAAGAAAAAAGUGGAUCCCUUUUCCAGCAAUGUGACUCUUCCCCAUCGCUUUUCGGAUGAGGUGAACAAGGUUUUGGUGUUCACAGAGAAUGAGCAAGAAGCUGAAGUGGCUCGAGAGCACGGAGCUGCCAUCGUGGGAGGAGUUGAACUAAUCAAAUGGAUCUUGGAGGAUGAAAUCCAGGCUGAUUUCUACGUGGCUGUCCCUGCCAUCAUGCCCAAGUUAAUUCCCCUGAGGAACAAACUGAAAAGGAAGUACCCCACCACCAGGAGAAAUUCCCUGGGCAGUGACAUUCCCAAAAUGCUGCAGUUCUUCAAAGAAUGCCAUGAGUAUGCAGUAGAGGAUGAGAAUAUAAUCAAGACAAGAAUAGCCAGACUGGAUAUGCCUACUGAGCACAUAAUUGCCAAUCUGAAAACAAUUAUCAACGAUAUCUGCACCUUCAAACCGUCCAGUUUUGAUCCCAUUGUGAGGAAGUUGGUUAUCAGAUCUUCCACCAGUGAAGGUUUGCUGCUGGACCUCGAUGGAAUCCUACCUCAGGUGGAGAAAGCAGAAGAAAAAGAAGAGGAGAAUGCAGCUGAUGAGGAUCAACAGAAACCUGUCCAAGAAUCUGUUAGUACCUGAUGUCUUUUCCUGGGAGAUCUGGUGCCAUUCAAAUCAUGCUCUGUGAGAACAAAAAAUAAAUGUAAUUGUGGAUUUUGUGUAUGAA